AUGGUCAGGUCGUCAGCGCCAGUUAGCAGUUUGGCGUACCAGAUCUCGACAUCCAAUGAUCCCACUCGGAUCUAUAGGACUCCCAUUGCGUUUCGGGGCCAGGACUUUCUGUCAUCGGCUGCUAGUUGGACUAAACAUAAGCUGUUUCCUGGAGAUGGUGGGGCAGCUGGAUCACCACGUGGGGGUGGUGAUGGAGGCGGUACGACGGGCUCAUCUCCGCCAAUAUCCAACAACAGAAACACGUUUUCUGGCCAGCUUGGAUCUGGUUCAUCUAGAAAUCAUCAUGGCUCCGCAGGCGGUGGCGACAACAACAACAAUUCUUUACUCGGUGUUUCAAUUACCAGUGGCGGUCUGGUAGUAUGUAUAUAUUCCAGCUCGGUGCAAGUCUGGCGUGAUGAGGUCAGCAAUGGUGGUGUUCUGGAGUUUGUUGGGUCUACACAUGGCAUUGUAGGAUCAAUUGUAGAUGUUGCGGUCACCGAGUCUCCUGGUGUAACAUCUGGUACUGCUGAUAAUAGUAGAGCUACUGGUCAUACUGUGACGCUAGUUAUACAAGUAUUGAGAUCCAGAGCCUAUUAUUUAGAGAUCCAUCAGAUCAGCCGGGAGCCGAGUCUGGUGAACACGUUAGUAUUACCACCAGCAUCUUUUGGUCCUGGUCCAUACCAAGUGAUUACCAGUGUGGCAUCUCCUUAUAUGGCUGUGGUGACCUCGUCAGGACUAGUUACUUUAUUCGCCAUUGACGGGUAUCAUCCUCUUGCUUUAUCUGGUUUGGAAGUGGCCUGUGGCCCAGAUGGAAGUGCUCUGCUGGAUUUACAGGGCAGGUGGCUGGCUUUGACUCCUAAGACCAGUGCUGAUGGAUACAAGAGUGCUCGAUCCAAUAGAAACGGAACCGGAUCCGGUGCCCAUGAUGUCAAUGGUUAUGGCCAUGGUAUGAAUGGCAGUCCCAAUGGUGGUAUGGGGAUGGGUAGUGAUCGAAAAGGUGGUACUGGUAAUGCCAAUGGGGCCAAGAGCAAUCGACUGGAUUAUCUUCCCAAUGCACAUACCCCAGUCAAUUUACCCCCUUCAGGACCACUGUACGAGCGAGUCAUGGAAAGCCUGUCAGCUACUGCCGUGACAUCACUCAAAUCACUGUCAGAAGCAGGCUAUUCUGGCAUCAAAUACUAUCUAUCCAAAGACGGAUCAGGGCAAGAUCAGUUCCAUUCCUCAGUAUCUGGGGGAGGAAAUGGCGCUGCAGGUAGAUCGGGGCCCAAUUCGCCAUCACCAGGGUCGUCUUUGAAAUCACUAAGUAAAUUUCUGUUUUCAGAUCAAUCAUCAACCAGCCUUGUUCAAAUUAUAGAUAUACCUUCUGAGACGUCGAUAUGCUGUUUUUCGCCUUUAGAAGGGCUUUCCUAUUUAUCUUUGUCGCCAUAUGAUACCACUCUACUGACUGUGUCUAGCAAAGGAGAUCAUAUGUACACUUAUGAUAUCUCAUAUUUACCGAGAGAAGUCACAGUCACUGGAAGAUAUGCUCGAGGUAAGGUGCCUGCUCGUAUCAAACGAGUGGCCUGGGAUACUCGUGGAGGAUUUGGACUAGUAACGCAGGAUCGUGGUAGUCUGCACUGGUUCGACAAACGAAUUUCAUUUGAUACAAGUACCAACAAGAUUUGGAAGCUGUCGAACUGGGGUAUUGAGGAUAUGACAUUUGUAAAUGGUGCAUUUGCAGCUACCGUUGCAGCUGCUGCAACAGCAGCGACAGCAGGAGCAAAGAGCUCUAAACAAAGCCAUAGAAAAUCUGGCCGAGAUAGAGAAUCGCAUCUACUUUUGUUGAAACAGGGUCAAUUGCUGAUAUCGGAUCCGACAUCAGGUCAAAGCACCUGGAAAUAUGACCUUCCAGAAGUAGCUAUUUCAGACCCGUACAAAGUCAGAGUCAAUGGUGGUACUAGCAAUUCCAAUGAGAAUGCUAGUGGUGACAGCAACGGGGAUCCUAAUUAUUUGAUAGAUAAUUUUGAUGGUGAGAUGGACGACGGUUACGACAAUGAAGUUCUGGGUCUGGAUGACACGACCGACGCAACAUCACCUUCAUCAGCGGGUUCAGCUGUAUCAGUGAGUUCCAGCGACCUGCCACCGAGACCAAAUGUAGACCCACUGGCAUUUUUCGAGCUCGAGACAUGUCUUCCAUAUCCGUUUAUUCACGAGGACCGACGAAUCACCAUCAGUACCACCGAAUUUUGGGACACUGCGAGCGCCAGUUGUAUGAUCACUACUGGAAAAGGGAGCAGUGAAUCGUACCCUGUACUGGCAGUGUUUGGUCUUGACAUACCAAGUAAGCCAAUUGAUUUUGGCAAAGCCAAGGGAGAAGCGAAAUUCACGCCUUCGGAAGACCUGCCAAACAGCGAGGGAAAUCUCGAUCUCGACGAUGCUGCCAACGGGGAAGCACUUCGACGUGCUAUGGAGAGUCUGGUGCUAACCCACCCACCUUCUCCCCAGCCAUCCAAACCCAGUUCGCCAUCAGUAGAAUCCGAUUCCUCGCACCAAGGGUCAGCAACACUUGCCCAACACUACCUAUCAGACUCUGACUCGGCCCAUUAA